CAGAGGAUGCUGGGAAAUAUUUAAACGAAUCAAGGUUAAUGAGGAGAAAUUAUAGCAUGAACUUCACAUCAAGCUUGACGGUCUCGCUGCUCACAUGCAUUUAAGACAAUAUUUCAAGUUCAAGAUCAGGAUGAGUUUGUGUCAUCAUCAGGUUUUGUCUUCUCCAGAUGUUCACUGAUGGACUGGAGUGCUGUGGAUUAUUGGGAUAUUUUUAUCAGACUCUCAUUCUGACGGCACCCAUUCACUGCAGAGCAUCCAUUGAUGAGACACUGAUGCAGUGCUACAUUUCUACAAACCUGACGAAGACACAAACUCAUCCUGAUCUCAGAUGAACUGAAGGUGAUUGCAUUUUCAGCACAUUUUCAUUUUUGUGUGAACUAUUCUCUAAGCUCCAAACUUCUCUCGGAGCUUGUUUUAUUACCGAAUGAUAGACUCAAUCUUUACAGUAUGUUCUUGACUCUUUCACGAACUCUGCAAUAAAAGACGUGAUAAUGAAUGCACGAGGAGAUAAAAGACUACGACCAGCGACUCAAUCAAACAUUCACCUGAAUCACAUAAAAUCCAGCCAGUGAAAGUCUGCGUCCCUCCCUCCGGCUUCAUUAGAGAACUCCCACUCCACAAGUUCAGCUCCCUGGACUUUGAAAUAUUCCCAGACUCUCCUGGGAUUCGUGUGUUUCAGACGGCAGACGGAGAUCGAUCAUCAUGAGUAAGGAAGCCCGUCCGUCCUGGGACAGUCCCAUGCAGUUUGUCCUGGCGUGUGUGUCCUAUGCUGUGGGACUCGGGAACGUCUGGCGUUUUCCGUAUCUCUGCCAAAUGCACGGAGGAGGUGGUUUUCUGAUCCCGUAUCUGCUGAUGCUGAUUCUGGAGGGGAUUCCUCUCUUCUGUAUGGAGCUGGCCAUCGGUCAGAAGAUGCGUUUGGGCAGCAUCGGCGCGUGGAUGGCCAUCAGCCCGUAUCUGGGAGGACUGGGUAUUGCCAGUGUUGUGACCUCCAUGUAUCUAUGUCUGUACUACAACGUCAUCAACGCCUGGAGCUUCUGGUAUCUCUUCCAUUCAUUUCAGUCGGUGCUGCCGUGGGCCGAGUGUCCCGUCGAUGUGAACCGCACCGGGUAUCUGGAGGAGUGUGAGGUGGCUUCAUCCACUCAGUACUUCUUCUACCGCGAGACGCUGAACAUCUCGUCGUCCAUCGAUGAGAACGGAGGUCUUCACAUGGGUCAGGCUCUGUGUCUGCUGCUGGCCUGGAUCAUCGUCUACCUCUUCAUCGUCAGAGGCGUCAAAUCCACCGGCAUGGUGGUUUAUUUCACAGCUACGUUUCCGUACGUGGUUCUGUUCAUCUAUCUGAUCCGCGGAGUCACUCUUCAUGGAGCCUGGAACGGAGUCAAGUACAUGUUCACACCUAAACUGGAGCAGCUGGCGAAUCCUCAGACGUGGAUCAACGCUGCGACUCAGAUCUUCUUCUCUCUGGGUCUGGGCUUCGGCUCUUUGAUCGCUUUCUCCAGUUACAACCAUCACAACAACAACUUCGAGAAGCAGGCGGUCGUCGUCUCGCUCAUCAACAGCGGCACGUCUGUGUUCGCCAGCGUCGUCACCUUCUCCAUCUACGGCUUCAAGGCCACGUUCAACUACGAGAGCUGUUUGGAAAGGAUGAGGAUGCUGUGUCUCAAUGCGUUCGAUCUGUCGGAGGAGAGCAUCAGCGUUGAGAACGUCACGGCGUGGAUCAGUCAUCUCAACAUCACUCAUCCAGAGAGCUUUGCAGCCAUCGCUUCAAAGAUCGAGCACUGCAGUCUGGAGGCUGAGCUGGACACGGCGGUGGAGGGCACGGGUCUGGCGUUUAUCGUGUACAGUGAGGCCAUCAAGAACAUGCCGCUGUCUCAGCUCUGGUCUGUGCUGUACUUCAUCAUGCUGCUGCUCUUAGGGAUGGGGAGCAUGCUGGGAAACGUGACGGCCAUCAUCACCCCGCUGGCUGACAUCAAGCUCCUGUCACACUACCUCAGCAGCGAGAGCAUCAACGGUCUGGUUUGUCUUCUCUGUUUGCUGCUGGGUUUGGGCUUCACCAGCCGCUCCGGAAACUACUGGUUCACCAUCUUUAACGAAUACGCGGCUACGCUGUCGCUGCUCUUCAUCGUCUUCAUCGAAGUCAUCAGUGUGUGUUACGUCUACGGACUCAGAAGGUUUGAGCGGGACAUCGAGGACAUGUUGGGUCAUCGGCCGAACUGGUAUUGGAAGGUGAUGUGGGCAGUGGUCAGUCCUCUGCUCCUCUUCAGUCUCUUCAUCUUCUACAUCAUUAACUACAUCCAGGGCGGCACGCCGACGUACCAGGCCUGGGACAAAGAUCUGGGCCGGUCGGUGGUGAAGGAGUACCCGGUGUACGGUCAGGUCUUCAUCGCUCUGCUGCUGCUGUCAGCGCUCAGCUGUGUUCCGCUCGCAGCUCUCCACUCCCUCUGCAGGAGAACACAGAGAGGAACGCCGAUCCGUCAGCACCGCCACGCUUGAGACACACACA